UUGAAAUAUAUUAUAGGGCAGCGGUGGGAUAGCCCUUGUGCUUUUCUGUGAGAGUUCGGGAGUGAUGUGAAUGCGAUGGAUCGUGAUAGUUACUCCAGUAGCUCGAGCUCCAGAUCGAGUUCAGCGGAUGGGAACUACAAGCGCAGACAGAAGCGUACUCGAUCACCUUCCAAAGCGUCCCGAAACUUAAGCGCACCUGGUACGAGCCGGGGCAGCGACCAUAAGUCAUGUACGCCAUCAAAUACACCUCCGUUAUCAAAAUCCAACGAUACUGUGAGCAGGUUAGAAGCGUUGGUGGAAAAGUUGAUUAAGCACCAAACAAAGGCGAAAGACAAACACCAUCGUGGAAUUAGGGUUGCUAUAAAACCGGAAAGUAUACCCGAGUUCACGCCUGGAAAUCCAAAUUUGAGUUCAGCGAAAUGGAUCGCAAAAAUCGAACAGUUGGCAAAAAUUAAUAACUGGGAUGAGCCAACCAUGAUAUUUUUAAUGCAGAGUCGUCUAAGUGGAUUAGCUCGACGCUGGUAUGAUAAUUUAUCAACAUAUCGACUGAGUUGGAAAGAGUGGAAGAAAUUGCUCGUAAAAUCCUUCCCUGAACACAGAGAUUUCGCCACUACGUUACGUGCCCUCGUAAAUCGGAUGAAGUUGCCUACAGAAUCAUGGGAAAGAUAUUACUUUGACAAGGUAGAACUUACAAAUGCUUGCGAUAUUAAUGGACAUAGAGCCGUGUCGUGUAUUAUUGAUGGUAUUGAAGAUCCAAGCGUCCAAGCAGGGGCCAGAGCAGGUAGAUAUACGAGCCCAGACCGGCUCUACGCUGAAUAUAUCUCUGUUCUAAAACCUGAAAAGUCCGUCUCGAGCACGACUGUAGCGAAAACUGCGUUUACAACUCCACAUCGCCGUCCUUUGAGCGAAAGGGAGCGAUCGAAUGAGCCGCCUCCAAAAAAGGCGAAACCACCGGCUAGAAGACCCCCAAAAUGCUAUAACUGUAGGGAUGAGGGUCACUUUGCCGAUAAGUGUCCGAAACCCAAAGUGGAAUGUGCCAGUUGUAAGCGGUUGGGCCACCUUACAAAAGAUUGCCGCAGGCAGUCCAUCAAGAAUUAAGUUGUCCUUGAGAAAGACUUGGCACCCGUCAACAGUAGUUAUUUUUUUGACUGCUGGGUUAAUGAAACGCCCUCCCAGGCAUAUGUUGAUUCGGGGUGCGGCGCUGUUCUAAUCCGGGAAGAUACCGCCAACAUGCUGAACAUGGAACGCAGUCCCUGCACGAAAUAUGUAAUAGGUUACGGCGGAGUAGCCACGAAAACUCUCGGAAAACUGACCAUCCGACUCAAGAUAGAUGGUGCAGAGGCUGAAGUUGAGAGCCUGAUAGUACCCAAUACUGCUCAAGAAAUUCCUGUGCUGGUGGGCCAAACUUUCUUAAAUCAAGAUGAGAUCAUGAUGAUUGUUUCUGGACAGACCGUACGAGUUACCCGAAGAGGAAGUGACUUGUGCGAAACUCUCGAUGUUCCUCCCAGGAAAAUUCCUUUAUGGGCAAAGGAAUCAAUCGUGUUAGAACCGAGAACAACGGCUCUCGUCGCCGUGACUUCUCGAGGUGCCUGUGCCGACGACGUAUACGUAAGAGGUGGCUUACGACCGCUGCCUGAUGGAGAACACGUCGUACACGAAUGUAUUACGAAGGGGGAGGAUGGCUACGUCGCCAUCACGAAUCUUUCGUACCGGCAUAUCGAGGGCAACUCGCUCCACGGGGACGCGGAGGCUGGUAGCGUAGCCGACUGUUACCGCUGCCGCCACGUGGCCGCCACUGGACCGGCCCCCGUGAUGCUGGCGCCGCUGGCGUGGACCGGCGCAGAGAGAAGAGGAACAGCUGAGCGGAACGACGUAAAAAAAAUAUGGCGUACCAGUGGUGCCUUGUAUAACUUUUGUAAUUCGGACACUUUUCUUUGAAAUAUAUUAUAGUUGGAAAAACGGAAAUUCGAAAAAUCGAGAUAUGAAAAAGCGAAAAGCAAAUAAAUUGGAAAAUCGAAAAAUUGGAGAAUGGAAAAAUUGAAAAGUCGAAAGUUCGAAAAUUGAAAAGUCUCAAGACAUUAAGAAUUUGAAAAAUCCAAGGAUUAAAAAAUUGAACAGUGGCGAAAUCGAAAAGUAGGUAAAUUGAAAAUUCGAAUAUUGAAGUGCAGGAAAAACGAAAUAUCGAAAGUCGAAAAUUCUGAGAGCGAAAUAUCGGAAUGUCGAAAAAUUGAAAAAUCGAGAAAUGAAACGGCGA